ACUUCGUGUUUCGACGUGAUGCCGUCCUCUUCCUGUUUGUAGUUUUUCCUCUUCAAACUACAAAGCAGCAUCCUGUUGAUGCCAGUGAACAUGAGUCGUCGCUUGGUGGUGACUCUGCGCUUCUCUUCUCCCAUUUGCGCUCCUUGAAAGCCCGUCGCUCGCGUCCGGGCCGCAGCAGCGAUGUGCCCGGAGGGGGGCGAGGCGAGGGAGGACUGCGGCUCCCGGGAGGAGUGGACGCUGCUGUUCUGGACCUCUCUGGCCGUCAUCGUCCCGGUCAUCCUGACGCUGUGGUGCAGCGCGCAGCGCUCCAAGAGGAAGACCUACAUGAAGGAGUUCUUCAGGAAGAGCAAACACGGCUGGCACUACACGGACCUGUUCAACAAGCCCACCUACUGCUGCGUCUGCUCGCAGCACAUCCUGCACGGAGCUUUCUGCGACUGCUGCGGCGUGUGCGCCGACGAGCAGUGCCUGCGCCGGGCCGACAGGAGCCUCCCCUGCAAAGAGAUCUUGGCCCCGUCUCGCCCUGACGGAUCCACGGAGCACCGCUGGGUCCGCGGAAACGUGCCGCUGGCUAGUUACUGUGCUGUGUGCAAGCAGCAGUGUGGGACUCAGCCUAAGCUCUGCGACCUCAGGUGUGUCUGGUGUCAGACCACAGUCCACGACGACUGCAUGGACGGCUUAGCGGACGCAGAAACGUGCGACCUGGGCGAGUUCCACAGCCUCAUCAUCCCUCCUCACUACCUCCACCUUGUCAACAAGCUGCGCCGCCGGCACCCUGACGAGUUCACCAAGUUGGGGGCUUCCUGUGGCAGAAGCUGGACACCUGUGUUGGUGUUGGCCAACACACGGAGCGGCAACAACAUGGGGGAGGCUCUGCUGGGAGAGUUUCGAACGCUCCUCAACCCCGUGCAGGUGUUUGACCUAUCUGAGCUGACUCCUUCCAAAGCCCUCCAGCUGUGCACCCUGCUGCCCCCGGGCAGGGUCCGGGUGUUGGUGUGCGGAGGUGACGGCACUGUGGGCUGGGUCCUGGAUGCAGUAGAUGCAAUGAAGCUCAAGGACCAGGAUCAGUUUAUCCCCAGGGUGACCAUCCUUCCUCUGGGGACAGGAAAUGACCUUUCCAACACUCUAGGCUGGGGAGCCGGGUACGCUGGGGAGAUCCCAGUGGAGCAGGUUCUCCGUAACGUUCUGGACGCAGAAGUGGUCAAAAUGGACAGAUGGAAGGUCCAAGUAGCGUCAAAGGGGGUCUACUUUCGGAAACCAAAGGUUCUGUCCAUGAACAACUACUUCUCUGUGGGGCCGGAUGCUCUGAUGGCGCUCAACUUUCACGCCCACCGUGAGAAAACACCCUCAUUCUUCUCCAGCCGCAUCAUAAACAAGGCCGUGUACUUCCUGUAUGGCACCAGAGAUUGUUUAGUGCAGGAAUGUAAAGAUCUGGAUAAAAGGAUUGAGCUGGAGCUGGACGGGGAGAGGGUGGCGCUGCCCAGCCUGGAGGGCAUCAUCGUUUGCAACAUCGGCUACUGGGGAGGAGGCUGCCGGCUCUGGGAGGGGAUGGGAGACGAACCCUGCCCCCCGACUCGGCUGGACGACGGGCUGCUGGAGGUUGUGGGUGUGUUCGGUUCUUUCCACUGCGCUCAGAUCCAGGUCAAGUUGGCCAACCCUGUGCGACUGGGACAGGCACACACCGUCAGGCUGGUUCUGAAGAGCUCCACCAUGCCCAUGCAGGUGGACGGGGAGCCUUGGGCUCAGGGGCCCUGCACCAUCACCAUCACCCAUAAGACCCAGACCUUCAUGCUGUACCACAGCGCAGAGCAGACAGACGAUGACGAUGACGAGUCCAGCGCCUCUGAUCCGGAGAGCCCAGCCCCUCACGACUCCCCCAGGCCCCCGUGGUUGACUACUACUGUGCAAGCGUGAUGCGCCUCAGGCGUCACGAGAUCCUAAACGCCUCUUAUCAUGGUUUCUGUUUUACAGUCCGUCUUCACUGGUCCGCCGUCUGCUUGAGUUUGCCUCCACUUCAUACACUGAGUCACAGUUUUGAAUCCUCGUUUUGUGUUCUUUGUCCUUUAUCUUCGAACCGUCAUUUGUUGCAGCUGAGACCUCAGGCAUUUACUAUCUGGAGCGGUCAGGUGGCGGCGAACAUGUUAAGGAAAGCUUUCUGUUUAUUUGCACUGAUCCCUCGUGCCAUAUAGAUUAUAGAGUCUAGACAUAACUGUGCUGUAUUUAUUCUGCUAUAUUUAAAACUGAGUGUUUCUUUUAGUGAGCCAAAUUUAACUCGUCCUCCACGCCCUCUAAAAGCCAUGUCAGACCUGCAGCAGGCCAUGAAAAGCUGUGAUACAAGAAAGAGUCGUGUAAGAGAUGACAGAGGCCAUCGGCUCUUAGUGAUUCAUCUUAUGUUUUAUGGUCUAAACCAGGGGUGUCAAACUCCAGUCCUGGAGGACCGCUGUCCUGCAACUUUUAGAUGUGCCUCUGCUGCACCACACCUGAAUAGAAUAAUUAGGUCAUU